AUGUCCCAAAUAGACGACGACCUCUACAACCAAUACCCUUUGCACCUCAACCCAACCUCCAAAUCCAUCACGCUCAACAAUAACCACCGAAUUGGAGCACCUGAACGCCCUGCACCGCUCGCUCCUCACCCUCGACCCGCCCAACAUCCCCCGCCCCCGCUGCCCAUGAACCCCAAGCGCAGCGCGCAAAUAUCCAAGCUGCGCGACUCCGCCAACGCCGCGUUCCGCAAGUCGGCCUUCGCCGAGGCGGCCCGGCUCUACACCUACGCUAUUGAUAUGGCGCUGGGCAGGCCGGGGUGGGAGCCGGUGACCCUGGCGAGGGAUGAGUUGGCGGGGCUGUAUUCGAAUCGGGCGCAGGCGUGGAUGAGUCAGAGGCUUUGGGUGGAGGGGGUCGUUGAUGCCAGGUGUAGUGUUGAGUGUAAACCUGGGGGCAAUGUUAAGGCGUGGUGGAGGGGCGGGAAGUGUUUGGCGGAGAUGGGGAGGUGGGAUGAGGCGAGGGAGUUCGUGGAGAGGGGCUUGGAGGUGGAGGGGAGGGCGGGGGAUGGCGGGAAGGAGCUUUUGGGCUUGCUUGGGGAGGUCGAGGAGGGGAGUAAGAGGGCGCAGAGGGCUGUGAAGGGGAAUUAA